UCUUCUGUAAGGUGAUUGAUGUGAUUAGGUUCAACUGUUCAAGCUGUUGUAAUCUUAAAGAAUGAGGUGCUGAAGGAAAAUGGAGGUUGUGGUAUCCAAAGAAUCAUUUGCAGACAUCCUAGAAGAUGACAGAAGGCUAAAGUGGGAAAGUAAAUACCAGUACAGUUUAAGCUGUGUUGGAUUUGUUGUAGGCUUGGGGAAUGUGUGGCGCUUUCCAUACUUGUGCCAAACCUAUGGAGGAGGGGCUUUCUUAAUCCCAUACCUCAUUGUACUUGUGCUUGAGGGCAUCCCAUUAUUUCAUCUUGAACUGGCCAUAGGGCAGCGCUUGAGAAAAGGCAGCAUUGGAGUAUGGAGUACAAUCUCACCUUACCUGGGAGGAGUUGGUUAUGCUACGCUGAUGGUGUCAGUCUUAAUAUCCCUCUAUUAUAACAUGAUUAUGGCCUGGGUGAUAUAUUAUUUUGUGAACUCUUUCCAAAAACCCUUACCAUGGAAAAAUUGUCCACUAAACAACAGCAAAACAGGACCUAUUGAAGAAUGUCAUCAAAGCACUCCUGCCAGUUAUUUUUGGUACAGAAAAACUUUAAACAUAACCCCAGAUAUAACAGAGAGUGGCUCAUUACAAUGGUGGCUCAUUUUGAGCUUGGCUGCUUCCUGGAUAAUUGUGUACAUCUCUGUGAUCCGAGGGAUUGAAACAACUGGAAAGGUGGUGUAUUUUGCAGUCUUAUUUCCUUACAUCGUUCUAACAAUAUUCCUUGUAUAUGGACUGACUCUCCCAGGAGCCAUUAAAGGGCUAAGCUACCUCAUCACUCCUAAUGUGGACAAAUUGAAUAAUCCACGUGCGUGGCUUGAUGCAUCUGCCCAGAUUUUCUACUCUCUUUCUUUAGGAGUUGGAGGUCACAUAGCAUACUCUAGCUACAUUUCGCCAAAAAAUGACUGUGAAAUUGAUGCCAUUGUAAUUGCAGCUGUGGACAGUUUAACAUCUUUGUAUGCCUCAAUCCCAAUUUUUUCACUUCUGGGGUUUCAGGCAAACAUUGACCAUGAGAAGUGCUUGGACUGUAAUAUUAAAGAUAUUGUCACUGCAUUUAAUCUGAAAGAGCAAAGUAUCACAAGAACCAACUAUACCAUUUGGGUUAAGACCCUAAAUGAAAAGUCUCCAGACAAAAUGACUGGCCUCAAGCUGAAAAACUGUGAUAUUGAGAAAUAUCUAGAUCAGACUAUUUCUGGAACUGGUUUGGCCUUUAUAGUGUUCACGGAAGCCAUCGUUCAUCUGCCUGGAUCAGUAAUUUGGGCGAUUUUGUUUUUUGUCAUGCUCUACAGCCUGGGUCUAUCUUCUAUGUUUGGACUCGUUGAAAGUAUCUUGACUCCUCUCUUAGAUUUUCCCAUUGUGGCUAAAUCCAUACCCAAGGAGGCUGUAUCUGGUAUGAUAUGCUUGAGCUGCUUUUUACUGGCUUGGAUAUUUGCCACAGGUUCAGGGAGCUACUGGCUUGAGAUAUUUGACAGCUAUGUGGCAACCUUGCCUUUGUUAGUCAUUGCAUUCUUUGAAGUGGUUGGUGUUGCAUAUGUUUAUGGAAUUAAAAGGUUCAGUAAUGAUGUGAAAUUGAUGACAGGACGACGAGUAAAUUUCUACUGGGAGGCGACAUGGCAAAUCAUCACUCCUUUGUUAAUGUUCACAAUCUUUGUGGCCUAUAUAGCUCUUCAGACAGGGAUUGCAGAAACCUAUGGUGCAUGGAACCCUAACUAUGAAGGUUUUCCUGCAAAAGAGAAGAAAGUUUAUCCGAGAUGGGUCACAGGCUUAACUUUCCUGUUUUCAUCCCUACCAUGCAUAGUCAUCCCCAUUGUAGCCAUUUACCAUCUUGUGAGAACCGUGCUGAAGAGGAAGGGGAAGCAAGUGUUACAUCCUUCAAACUGAUCUUGCUUUGUGUGAAGAAUCAAGUCACUGCAUUGCCUUUAUUUUCAUCACCAUGCCCUGCCCAUUUCCAAACACAGCAUCCGAGUUGUAAGAUAACUGAUGAGACUUCAGAUGCAGCAAUAAAAAAGCAUUUAUAUAUU